AUGGCAGAAGAGAAAAAGCACAUCCCACAAGAGGACACAUUCCACGAGGGUCCAUUGUCUCUAUUAACUAAGGCAGUCAAGACCAAUUCCCAGGUAGCUAUCAAUUGCAGAAACAAUCGCAAAAUUCUUGGGAGAGUCAAGGCUUUCGAUCGCCACAUGAAUAUGGUUCUAGAGAAUGUCUGCGAGAUGUGGACUGAGACUCCCAAAGCACACAAAGGGAAAAAGGCACAUCCAGUAAACAGAGAAAGAUACAUAUCCAAAAUGUUCCUAAGAGGCGAUUCAGUCAUUAUUGUAAUCAGAAACCCUAAGUGA